CUUUCUGCUAUGAAAUGGAGAGCUUUCUAAGGCAAAAGCUUGCCCAGGCCAGUGGCAACCUAUUGGGUAGAUCAUCUCUUCAGAAACCCAUUUCUUCUUACCAUGCUAUCAAAUUGCCAGAUGUGUGUUCUAGUUUCUAUUCAAUUGCUGAUGAACCUUUUCCCCAAGUGUCUGGAUUUCUUGAUGACACUUUCGGCCCGUCGUUUCUUUCAAAUGAAGCCGGAACUGUGUUGAAUUCCCCUGGUUGCACACCAUCAGAAAAUCAAACAAAAAAUAAGGACGAUGGAGUUUUAGCACCAAGAAAAGAGGCUGCCAUCGAUUCCGGUCUUAGUUGCUCUCUUGGUGCGCACUGUCAGUCGGCAGAUGGAAGGAUCUCUACUAGAUCAAUACAUAAUGAGAAAGAUGUUAGUGCAACAGCAGAUAAAGCAGAUGGGCACUGCAAUGAACCCACGGUAUCCACUACAUCUUUAGAGAAAUCAGAUUUCAUGAGUGCAGAGUUGAAGAACAGCACUUUUGAUGUGACUCAAGACUCGAAAGAACGGUUUGACACUGGUGUUAAUGUGACUGUUGAUCUACACAACACCAGGAAGAAGAACAGCACUUUUGAGUGUCAAGAGUCAAAGGAGAGGUCCGACACUAGACUUAAUUCAACAGUGGAUAUUGCUGACAAUGUUAAGACUGAGUCAGGAAAUACCACUGUUGACCUGGUCCAGUCACAUGACCCUAAAGAGAGUCCUGACACUAGGGUUAAUGCAACCGUGGAUAUUCCUAAUCUAGACAGUGCACAUUCUAAAACCAAUUCACCUGUGAAUAGUGCACCCUUAAACACUACAACAGAACAGCUCAAUGAAAAGCUUGAGGUUACCAUAGACAUUCAGCCACAAGAAAAACCAAGUGGUAAUCUUAACUCUACUGUGGAUGAUAAAAUAAAAAACACAGAGGAAGCUAAUUUAAAAGACAUUGUAAUGGUUGAUAUUGUGGAGCAAAUAGCCAGUGCACCUCAUCUACCUUCUAGCGAAAUUGAACAAUCGAGCUCAGAUAUUUUAAAACCAGCUAAGACGAUGUUUACUGAACAUAAUACAACCACUGAUCUUCAUGUGCCAGAAGUUCCAGUUUUGAAGGACACCACUCUAGAAAUGAAGCCUUCAAGCACAGAAUUAACUUUAGAAUUAGACCAGGUCAGUGGUGCUUCUAACUCGGUGGUAAUCACUAAACCAGUCUCUAACAGCAGCGAAACAAACGUUGAGAUAAGCACCUUAGCUUUUGUUUGCUCUGUAGAGGCUCCUGAGCUCAAAGCAGAGGAGCAUCACAAAAAAAUAGAGAGACCUGGAUUAGCUGAAAGUGAGUCCGUUCCCUCCUCUGAUAUGGGAAACAUCAGCAGAAACAUUGUUUUUUGUUUGGAUGAUACUUUGGACAUGAAAACAAGCUUCAUGGUUACAUCCACACCUAUUGUUUUUGGCAGAGAACCCAGAUUUGAGAUACUGAGAGAUGCGAAGCCCACACCUAUUAGAAAAAGACUGUCUGUGAUCAACAGUAUUGAGGCCCAAUCGAAUGAUGAGCUUGUUGGUGUGAGUAAUCACAAUGGAACUGGUGCUGUGCAGGCGACUGAGAGCUCAAGUCAGAAGGUCUCAUCGAACUGCAUUUCAAGUCACAGUACAUCAGAACCAGCAAAUGAGAACAAGCCUCCCACAAAACGUCCAAUUAAAAGACAGCUUCCUCAACUUUCCUCUAAGCUCAGUUAUCCCAAAUCCAGUCUUCCUCCAAGGCCACAGUCGUCCAUGCACUCCUCGGUGGCGGACAAAAAAAAGACCAUCCAAGGGCCACAGGUUCCGCAAUAUCGCGACACAACAUCCACCACCCUACUUGGCAACAGGAAGUCAGUACAUAUGAACAAGGGGAAGAACAUCGCACCUGUCAAAAACACAGCGUCAGCUAGCACUGUUAAGGCCUCUAUGGUUUCUUCUGCCACUGGAUUUAACUUCACUGCUGUUGCAAAGCCUUCAAGCUCUGGUAUACCGCAAAACAAACCAUCAGGACUUCAGCCCCCAACCCGUAAAAGACUGGCUCUUAAGACACCUCAGACUUCACAAUCCUCUGUUGAAACCAUUCUGACUCAGCCCAGUAAUAAUAAACCAAAAACAACAGGAAUACAAGGUAUGAGGACGAAGAAUUCACUGCUUCCCAGUGUGGGCCAAAUGCACUUGAACAAUGAUGGUUUGCCUUCGGCAAAGAGAAAAAGAAUUGCACACGUUGCUCUUUCUACAGUAGAGAGUGAUGCUGUGCAUUCAGCUGACGGAGCACAUGAAUCAGGCUGUGUUAAUUGUUUGCACCAUCAAGACAAACUUGAGAGGGUCCUCCAAGAACUAAUGGGUUUGCGUUCAGAGUGUAAAAACUGGGGACCAUUGCACGAAAAACUUGAGAUGUGUGUAAAGGAAAUGAAGAAGUAGAGUAGUAGGUAUUCUGUCUCUCUUCACAAUUUAUUCCUGGCAUUUUGUUCUUUUUACAGUUACUUAUCAAAUCAUUGUAUUAUGCUGAUAUUAAAAUAAGCAAUAUUGUAUACCUCUGCCUGAUUCUCUUUUCUCU